AGUGUGUAUCUGAAGCAAAAAGCAGGACACUGAGAGGAUCAAUGAUGAGGACACAUCAUACCAGUGCACUUGUUAAUGAAGAAAGAGGGCAAAGGAUCAUUUUUACAGGACCUGAUGGCAUUGGGGAUUACAGGCCAAGACUGGGUGAUUUCCACCACAGUGUUGGCAUUGGCGCCUUGUCCCCAGAGGCCACAAAGGAUUUAAAUUACCUCUUUCGUGCUGCCCCAUGUGCCCCACCGCUGCUGUCUAAAAACUUCUAUGUUGGAGGAGUAGGAUGGGGUAUUCAUCAUGGCUACACACUAAACGCCAACUCUCUGCUGAGCAACAAACAGAUCAAGCUGUCUGAGAUCCGCUCUGCCCUGGAGGACCUAAUCACUCACAGUUAUCCAAACCAAUGUCAACCGUCGCCAGACAUUCUGGACAGGCAGACGGUCAGGAGCCAUGGGAAGCUUGCAUGGAACCAGGGCGCCUAUGAGAUCAUUCACCAGGACAAAAGCAAGCAGUGUCUGCUAAAAAAGAGACGUGAAGCCCAAACCAAAAAGGCAGAGAGAAAAAACAUGAGUGCCUUUACUUUGCCAGCCAUAGCAAGAGUCAACAUUUAAUAAAAAGGCCACUUUGCAUGUGA